AUGGAUCCAAACAAUAUAAAUCCACACGAAGUCGAAUUAAGGGAGCAAGAUCGUUGGUUGCCGAUCGCCAACGUAGCUCGUCUCAUGAAAAAUACCCUUCCCCAGACAGCCAAGGUUUCAAAGGAUGCUAAAGAAUGCAUGCAAGAGUGUGUAUCAGAAUUUAUUUCGUUUGUUACUAGUGAAGCGAGUGAUAAGUGCCUCAAGGAAAAACGUAAAACUAUUAAUGGAGAAGAUAUAUUGUAUUCGAUGCACGAUUUGGGAUUUGAGAAUUAUGCCGAAGUGUUGAAGAUUUACUUGGCAAAGUAUAGAGAACAACAGGCCUUAAAGCAAGAAAGAAACGAAACCAAGCCAUCGAAGAGACAGCGGAAAGUUGCAUCCGCAGCAGAUUCUAUAUCACAUACCGCUUCCAAUACCCAAGAUGAGCACUCCUCGACUGAUUCUCCAUUGCGGGAGCAGUUCCAUGAACACAAACAGGAAGAUAUCGAAAGCCAUCAAUACAUGGGAACACAAGGGUCAAACUCACGCCAGAUCACUGGGCAUGAUACAAACAAUAAUGGACUAUUAGGUUCGAAUCCUUCAUCUGAUAGCUCUAUAGGAUCGCCCGAAUCGUUUUUCAACCAUUAUGAAUCUAAUGGACAAGGAAAUGAAGCGGGCAAUGGUGCUUUAAACGGGCACGACAAACAAAUAAAACAUGAGGAAAGGCAUAACGACCCAAAUCAUAAAGAAGAAGGAUAUGGAUACGAUGAUUUUAUCAGUGAUCCUAAUGAAGAACAAAUAGGAAACCACCAGCAUAUCGACGAGUUGGCAAAGCUCACGAAUGAUGAACCAGAUAUUGAUACUUUAACUGCUGGAAUCACAAAUGGCAAUUCCAAUAAUGCCUAUUUUUAG